AUGGCCAACCGCAACGACGCGGUCGGUCUGGGCCAGCGACGGACUAAGCCUUGUGCGGAGGCCCUGGGUUGCGUGGCAGGAUUCUGCUGCUGGCUGAUUGUGAUGCGCAGUCGCGGCGUUUGGUCCCGAGGACUGAUCAUGCAGAUCAAUCCGCCUCGGGUGAAGGAGUACAGUAUUGUAGUGCUGACUGAAAAUCCAGACCCUGGCUUUUAUCCGUGUUCAUUUGCGAGCUAG